AUGGCGCGCGCUGCUCGAGACGGUCCCGACCCCUGGAUCGUCCUCGACGCGUCUCUCGACGCGGAGGAGCGCGCGCUCGCGGGUCCGGAAGCGCGCUGGACGCGCUCGGACGACGACGACGACGACGACGACGGCGCGCGCGCGCUCGAAAGAAACGCCUCUCGCGACGACGACGACGUCGCUCCGCGUCGUCCCGCGUCCUCCGCGCCCGCGCCCGCGGCGCGUCUUCGCCCUCCGCCGUCGUUGUCGUCGCGCGCCCUCGCGCGCGCGUCGCUCCGCGCGAGGUUCGACGGCCACGCGGACUACCUGCGCGAUCGCGCGAGGAACGACGCGUACGACGCCGCGAUCCGACGGAUGUGCGUCGACUCGCGUCUGACGAUCGACAUCGGCGCGGGGAGCGGGCUGUUGGGGCUGAUGGCUCGCCGCGCGGGCGCGAAGGACGUCGUCGCGUUCGAGGUCGUCCCCGCGCUCGCGGCGUUGGCGCGCGCGAACGCGCGGAAGAAGGCGAACGGCGGGCGCGGGGAGGAAGAAGAGGAGGAAGAGGAGGAGGAUGAGGAGGAGGAGGACGACGACGACGGGAAGAAAAAAAGUAACUUCGUCGUCCUCGACGUCGACAGCCGCGCGGCGACGACGGUCGGCGACGACGGCCAGCGCUGGGCCGUCGUCCACGUGGACGAACAAGAGAAAUCCACGUCAUCGCGUACCGGCCACGUGGCACUCGAAUACCCGCGCGCGGACUGCGUCGUGAGCGAGCUCCUGGACACGCGGCUCGUCGGCGAGGGCGCGUUUUCCUCGCUGCGUCACGCCGCGAAGACGCUGCUCGCGUCGCCGUACAGAUGCGUCCCCGCGUCCGCGACCGUGUACGCGCAGGUCGUGCGGAGUCCGCACCACGCGGCGAUGGGGGCGCUGCGGCCGAUAGGGAACGAAGGGGACGAGAGAGGAGGGGGGGACGACGCGGCGCGCGAGAGGUUCGCGAGCUGCCCCGGACCGCCGUCGCACUCGGACGCGAACCUUCUGUUGGCGUUUGAAAACGGUCACGUCGUGGCGGUUACUGAACCGAUCGCGGUGUACAGCGUCGACUUCGCGAACCUGCCGGAGGAAGGAACGGUGUUCGAGGAGACGUUCGAGGCGCCGCUGUUGCCUCCGAACGCCGAAGGCGGCGGCGGUAGAAAAAACGCCUCGGCGACGGCGGACGCGGUCGUGUUCUGGUGGGACUGCGACCUCGGCCCUGGCGAAUCAGGAUCCGACAUGUCAUCCAAACGAACCAAUCGCGGCGACGAAAAAGCGAGCACGAACCCGAUCACGAUGUCCACGUCACCGCGGGACAACGGCGCGAGGAUGCACUGGCGCCAGGGCGUGAAACCGCUCGCGAGCCAAAUCGUCGUUCCAAAAGAAGCGACCGCGUUGACGAUCGCCCUGACCGCGUCCGACGACGAUCUGCGCUUCAAAGUCAGCGUCAAAGACGGUCGCGAAGAUGCCGACGCCGACGCCGACGCCGACGGCUGCCGAUGCCACGCGCACGCGCUGUGGGGCCGCGACAAGGUCGCUUUGCACAACGACCCGCGGUGGCGCGCCGCGUUUCGCCGCGGCGUCGAAGCCACGCUCGCGCGUCCCGGCGCCGGCCUCGGGACGUGCCUCGACGCCGGCGACGGUCCGCUGCUCUCCGUGCUCGCCGCGCGCGCGGGCGCGCCGGGGGUGUUGUGCGUCGAGCGCGACGACGCGCGCGCGGGGGUGUCGAAGGCGCUGUGCGCCGCGGAGGGCGGCGGCGUCGCGAGGGCGGUCAAGGUGGUCGCGGCGUCGUCGAAGGUGCGCGCGGACGCGAACGCGGGCGAACUCGGGGGACUCGGGGAGACCGUCCGCCGCGCGGCGGAGGACCUAUCGCGCGACGGCGACGACGGGCACGACGGGAGAGACGAGGAGACGUACGAGCUCGACGUCGCGUACGUCAAGGCGUGCAAGAGGGAGGCUCAGCACUGCUCGAAGCACGCGCGCGAGGUCGGGGCGUUGUACCAACGCGCGAGCGACGAGUUCGACGACGCGUGCGCGUACCUCGCGGGGGAGGACCCCGGCCUCUUCGAAAACGCGACCAACGUCUACGGCGUCGUCGAACGUCGAGGUCGCGGUCGCGUUGGACGGCACCGGGACCGCGCGAAUGAUGACGCGUUCGCCGGGCGUGGGUGGACCGACGACGACGACGACGACGACGACGACGACGACGAAUUCGACGACGAGCAGUGGGACGCAUGGCGUCGUAUCGAAAUGGACCCGAGGCUGGACGAUCUCCGGGAGAGGAAGGAGACGCUCGCGGCGCUCGCGGCGACGCGCGCGGAGGUCGCGGAUCAGGAUGAGCAGCGAUACCGCGCGGCCAAGCGCGCGUUUGAAAGGAAGUACGCCUCUUUGAAAGGCGGAGGCGCGCCUUUCGACGCCGGUCAAAGUCGCGCCGGCGCGGUCGCCGCGUUCGGCGGAUCGCACGCGCCCGCGUGGGUGUUCCUCUGCGCGCCCGGAUUCACGGACACGCCUGAAACGGACGGCGUCGGGGGGUUACUCGCGACGUGGAGCGAGCACGACCUGCGAGAGAUUUGGCGGCGGCGGCGCGCGGCGAGGCGCGCCGGCGUGCUCGCGCCCGCGGCGUUCUCCGUCCCGUGCGCCGCCGCCGUGCGCGCGACGCCGAUCGAGUGCGAACCGCUGUGGCGCCGAAACCGGCCCAUCGGCGAGCUCCCCGACGACGUCUCCGGGUUCGACCUCGCCGCGUUCAACGAGCUAUGGCCUCCGCUCGACGACGACGACGCCGUCGCGGUGGCGCUUUCAGAGGAGACGUCGCACGCGCCGCUCGCGGACCCGGCGACGGCGUUGCUCGUCGAGCUCCAGGGCGUCGGCGCGGACGACCCCUCCGCGAUAUCCAAUCGCGUGUCGUUUACGCUCGGCGUCGGCGAAUCGCGAGCGACCACGUGUCACGGGAUCGCGCUGUGGGUGGACUUCGACACGUGCGGCGGCGGGUGGGUGAGCACGGGGCCGUGCGAUCCCGCGUUCGCGGCGGCGAACUACGGGCAACCGGGCACGCCGAACCCGGACGACGCGUCGACGUCGAUGUCGACGUCGAGACGACCCCGCGCGGCGGCGAGAAAAACGAAGCGCGCGCGGAAAGGAGGGUCGGGGUCGGGGUCGGGGUCGCGCGCGGCGGGCGUUAAAAGUCCUCAAGGAACGGUGUUCACGACGCCAACGGGGUCGUAUGGGAACCGGCGUGAUGAGAUUGAACGCGCCCGCCGCGCGCCGUAUUCCACCCCGAGCGCGUUCAAGCAGGGCGUCGCGCUGUUGCGAGAGCCGAUCGUCGUCGGCGCGGGGGAGACGGUCGCGGUGACGGUGGACGUGCGGUUCGACCCGGAGGCGCGCGACGGGAGAGGAUGCGUGACCGCGAAGGUGGCGAGGGUGGAUCGCGAGCGGACGCCGCGGGGAGGGUAAGGGCCGUUCUAUACAAGCGAACGUCGGGGUGGAGUUGAAAGGCGUCAGGUGGAGUUGAAAGGCAUCGAGGACGGGGAUUGAAACCGUGGUGUGGGCGGGCAGAGACGACGGCAAAAGUCCUUAAGGAUCGGCGUCCACCUCGCGAACGGGGUCGUAUGGGGACCAGUGUAUAGAACGCGCCUAAGUCGUUCGUCGGAAGAAGAAAGAGAAGACGAGACGACGAAGACGAAGGAGGAGGAGGAGGCGACGAGGAUAGAAGACGACGUGACGACGAAUAGACGACGACGGCACGAUAGCAUCGUCGAGACGUGUAACGACGAGGAGAAGCAGAACGACC